AGCGCCUCCCCCCUUGCCCGCCUCCCUCCCCGCCGAGCGCAGCGCCCCGAGCAUGGAGCCUGCCUGAGACGCUCCGGCGGCUGCUGCUGCGGCACAACAUGGAGGCGGCGGCGCCGCCGCCGCUCCUGCUGCUGCUGCUGCGACUCCUGGCCGCCUCCCUGCUUCGCUACCAGCCCGGCCCGGCCGAGGCAUCUCCCUUCCUGCUUUUUGCCAACCGUCGGGACGUUCGACUCGUGGAUGCUGGAGGCACGAAGCUGGAGUCCACUGUGGUGGUCAGUGGCUUAGAGGAUGCUGCUGCGGUUGACUUCCAGUAUUCGCAAGGCAUCGUUUUCUGGACAGAUGUGAGUGAAGAAGCCAUCAAGCAAACUUACAUUAACCAAACUGGCAAUGUGGUGCAGAAUGUCAUCAUUUCUGGUUUGGUUUCCCCGGAUGGCCUGGCAUGUGAUUGGAUUGGGAAAAAACUUUACUGGACAGACUCAGAAACCAAUAGGAUAGAAGUAGCUAAUCUCAAUGGAACAUCUAGAAAAGUCCUCUUCUGGCAAGACCUUGAUCAGCCCAGGGCAAUAGCUUUGGAUCCGGCUCAUGGAUACAUGUAUUGGACUGACUGGGGAGAAACACCCAGAAUAGAACGAGCAGGAAUGGACAGCAGCACACGAAAAAUAAUUGUUGAUUCAGAUAUCUAUUGGCCAAAUGGACUCACAAUUGAUCUUGAUGAGCAGAAACUUUACUGGGCUGAUGCAAAAUUGAGUUUCAUUCACAGAGCGAAUCUGGAUGGUUCCUUUAGGCAAAAGGUUGUUGAAGGUAGUCUUACUCAUCCGUUUGCACUGACGUUGUCUGGGGACACUUUGUAUUGGACGGACUGGCAGACGCGCUCCAUUCAUGCCUGCAACAAACGAACAGGAGAGAAAAGGAGAGAAAUAUUAUCUGCCCUGUAUUCGCCAAUGGACAUCCAGGUCUUAAGUCCUGACCGGCAGCCCUACUUUCACACUCCAUGCGAAGAAAACAAUGGUGGUUGCUCCCAUCUGUGCCUGCUAUCUCCCAGAGACCCCUUCUAUAGCUGUGCUUGUCCCACUGGUGUGCAGCUAGAAGAUGAUGGCAGGACAUGCAAAUCAGGUGCUGAAGAAGUCUUGCUGCUUGCUAGAAGGACGGACUUGAGAAGGAUUUCCUUGGACAUGCCGGAUUUCACUGACAUUAUUCUGCAGAUAGACAAUAUCAGACAUGCAAUAGCCAUAGACUAUGAUCCUGUGGAAGGCUACAUCUACUGGACUGAUGAUGAUGUCCGGGCAAUUCGUCGGGCGUACCUUGAUGGUUCUGGAGCACAGACUCUGGUAACCUCAGAAAUCAACCAUCCAGAUGGUAUUGCUGUGGACUGGGUGGCAAGGAACCUGUACUGGACUGACACUGGAACAGACCGCAUUGAAGUGACCCGGUUGAAUGGGACAUCAAGAAAGAUCCUUAUCUCAGAAAACCUAGAUGAACCUAGAGCAAUUGUGCUCAAUCCUGUAAUGGGCUACAUGUAUUGGACAGACUGGGGUGAGAGUCCAAAGAUAGAGUGUGCUUAUUUGGAUGGCUCAGAGAGGAGAGUUCUGGUGAACACGUCCUUAGGUUGGCCUAAUGGCUUGGCACUGGAUCUUGAAGAGGACAAACUUUACUGGGGAGAUGCAAAAACAGAUAAAAUUGAGGUCAUAAAUGUUGAUGGAACAAUGAGGAAAACCCUCCUAGAAGAUAAACUUCCACAUAUAUUUGGGUUCACACUUCUAGGAGAUUACAUCUACUGGACUGACUGGCAGAGACGAAGCAUUGAAAGAGUUCACAAGAUAAGGGCUAGCAGAGACAUUAUUAUUGAUCAGCUGCCGGACUUAAUGGGCCUUAAAGCAACAAGCGUUGCCAAAGUGUUUGGAACUAAUCCAUGUGCAGAGAACAAUGGAGGCUGCAGUCAUCUAUGUUUCUUUACACCCCAGGAGACCAGGUGUGCCUGUCCCAUUGGCCUUGAGCUGUUGAGUGACAUGAAGACUUGCAUCAUUCCUGAAGCCUUCUUAGUUUUCACAAGCAGAGCAGCCAUUCAUAGGAUUUCCCUUGAAACCAAUAAUAAUGAUGUUGCUAUUCCUCUUACUGGAGUCAAGGAGGCAUCUGCUCUGGAUUUUGAUGUCUCUGAUAACAGAAUCUAUUGGACUGAUGUUAGUUUGAAGACCAUAAGCCGAGCUUUCAUGAACGGGAGCUCUGUUGAACAUGUGAUUGAAUUUGGGCUAGAUUAUCCUGAGGGAAUGGCUGUAGACUGGAUGGGAAAGAACCUGUACUGGGCAGAUACUGGAACCAACCGAAUUGAAGUAGCCCGCCUGGAUGGACAGUAUAGGCAGGUCCUUGUGUGGAAGGACUUGGACAACCCACGGUCUUUGGCUCUUGAUCCUACCAAAGGGUACAUGUACUGGACAGAGUGGGGAGGUAAACCUAGGAUUGUUCGAGCAUAUAUGGAUGGAACAAACAGCAUCACUUUGGUGGAUAAAGUGGGUCGUGCCAAUGACCUCACUAUUGAUUAUGCAGACCAACGGCUAUAUUGGACUGACUUAGACACCAGCAUGAUUGAAUCGUCAAAUAUGCUAGGACAAGAACGAGAAAUCAUAGCAGAUGAUCUACCUCAUCCAUUCGGAUUAACCCAAUACAGUGACUACAUCUACUGGACAGACUGGAAUCUUCACAGCAUAGAAAGAGCAGACAAGACCAGUGGGAAGAACCGGACACUUAUUCAGGGCCAUCUGGAUUUUGUGAUGGAUAUAUUGGUCUUUCAUUCUUCACGUCAGGAUGGCUUGAAUGAUUGUGUGCAAAAUAAUGGCCAUUGCGGUCACUUGUGCCUUGCCAUACCAAACGGAUUUAGGUGCGGCUGUGCUGCUCACUAUACAUUGGAUCCCAACAGCAGGAACUGUAGUUCCCCUACCAGUUUCCUGUUAUUUAGUCAGAAGUCUGCAAUCAGCCGAAUGAUACCAGAUGAUCAGCAAAGUCCAGAUAUCAUCCUGCCUAUGCAUGGUCUAAGGAACGUGAAGGCUAUUGAUUAUGAUCCCUUAGAUAAAUUGAUCUACUGGGUAGAUGGACGUCAGAAUAUUAUAAAAAGAGCCAAAGAUGAUGGCACUCAGCCUUUUACUGUCAUGAGUGCUCCAAACCAAAGUCAGAAUCCCGAGAAGCAGCCACACGACCUCAGCAUUGAUAUAUACAGCCAUACCUUAUACUGGACCUGUGAGGCCACAAAUUCAGUCAAUGUCCACAGACUGAACGGCGAGUCAAUUGGGAUGGUGCUGCGUGGAGAUCACGACAAGCCCAGAGCCAUUGUGGUGAAUGCAGAGCGAGGGUACAUGUACUUCACCAACAUGCAAGAGCGAGCUCCCAAGAUUGAGCGCGCAGCCCUCGAUGGCACAGAGAGAGAAGUGCUUUUUACCACUGGGUUGAUCCGCCCCGUAGCACUGGUGAUUGACAACAAACUUGGAAAGCUUUUCUGGGUGGAUGCAGAUCUGAAGCGCAUCGAAAGCUGUGACUUGUCAGGUGCUAACCGCGUGACCCUGGAGGACUCCAACAUCCUUCAGCCGAUGGGACUGACGGUGCUGGGGAAUCACCUGUACUGGAUUGAUCGUCAGCAGCAGAUGAUUGAAAGAGUGGAGAAAACUAACGGGUACAAAAGGACUAGAAUUCAAGGCCGAAUCGCUCACCUAACAGGCAUUCAUGCUGUGGAAGAACUCGAUAUGGAGGAAUUCUCUGCACAUCCAUGCUCCCGUGACAAUGGUGGAUGUUCGCACAUCUGCAUUGCCAAAGGGGAUGGGACUCCAAGAUGUUCAUGUCCAGAGCACCUUGUGCUUCUACAGAAUCUCUUAACUUGUGGAGAACCUCCAACUUGUUCCCCAGACCAAUUUACGUGUGCAACUGGAGAAAUCGACUGUAUCCCAAUGGCAUGGCGAUGUGAUGGAUUUCCAGAGUGUGAUGACCAGAGUGAUGAAGAUAGUUGCCCCAUAUGCUCUGCAUCCCAGUUCCAGUGUGAGAAAGGACAAUGUAUUGAUGCACAUCUGCGGUGUAAUGGAGAAAUUGACUGCCAAGAUAAAUCUGAUGAAGUGGAUUGUGAUACACUUUGUCUGCCCAAUCAGUUCCGAUGUGCCAGUGGCCAGUGCAUCCUCCUGAAGCAACAGUGUGACUCCUUUCCAGAUUGCAUCGAUGGAUCUGAUGAGCUCAUUUGUGAAAAAACAAAGCCAGCCUCAGAUGAACCACAACCCCACAGCAGUGCCAUCGGUCCUGUCAUCGGGAUAAUACUGUCCCUAUUUGUCAUGGGAGGAAUGUACUUUGUUUGCCAGCGAGUGGUGUGUCAGCGCUAUGCUGGGCCCAAUAGCCCCUUUCCACAUGAGUAUGUCAGUGGAACCCCUCACGUCCCUCUUAAUUUUAUUGCUCCAGGAAGUUCUCAGCAUGGCACUUUUACUGGCAUCUCUUGUGGAAAGUCUAUGAUUAGCUCCAUGAGCCUCAUGGGAGGAAGCAGUGGUGCCCCCUUGUAUGACAGAAAUCACGUUACUGGAGCUUCUUCUAGUAGCUCAUCCAGCACUAAAGCCACUUUCUACCCUCAGAUCUUGAACCCACCUCCGUCCCCAGCUACUGAUCGCUCCCUGUAUAAUGCAGAGAUGUUUUAUUCCUCAAACAUUCCUUCAACCACGAGAUCUUACAGGCCUUACCUUAUACGAGGGAUAGCUCCACCCACAACCCCAUGCAGCACAGAUGUGUGUGACAGUGACUAUACUACCAGCCGAUGGAAGGCCAACAAAUACUAUAUAGAUUUAAAUUCAGACUCAGACCCUUAUCCCCCUCCACCCACACCUCGCAGCCAGUAUAUGUCGGCAGAAGAAAGUUGCCCUCCGUCUCCUGCCACAGAACGAAGCUAUUUUCACCUCUACCCCCCUCCACCCUCUCCUUGUACAGACUCCUCAUGACCUCAACAGAAGGAACUUUUCCUGUAAAUAUUUUUAAAUAUGAAGAUUUAAAAUAUAUAUUUUAUGAUUUAAAGUUAAAUAGGGGUGGGAUUUUUUUAAAAAUGUGAAUAAAAAUGGGUGGGAGGGAUGGGGCUGUGAAAAUUGUACAGAGGAAGAAUAUUUAUAAAAUUGAUUUUUUUAACUU